AUGAGCUGCUUCUCAUGCUUCAAGCCACCGCAGGCGGACGGCGAGGAGGAGGAGGAGGAGGAGGAGGUGGACAAGGCACCGGCGGUGGCGCCCCUGCCGUCGGUCAAGCGGCUCGGCUCCCGGCGAAGAAGCCUGCGCUCCUCCUCCUCCAGCAAGUCCGGCGGCAGCUUCGCGGCAAGCCGGCAGCCGAGCACGCGGCCCAGCAACAUCACCAGCUGCAGCGCGCGCUCCUUCACCUACGAGCAGCUCGCGGCGGCCACGGGCGACUUCCGCGCCGACUGCCUGCUGGGCGAGGGCGGCUUCGGCCGCGUCUACCGGGGGCGCCUGGACGACGGCCAGCUGGUGGCGGUGAAGCAGCUGGACCUGGAGGGCCUGCAGGGCGACCGCGAGUUCGUGGUGGAGGUGCUCAUGCUCAGCCUCCUCCACCACCACAACCUCGUCAGCCUCGUCGGCUACUGCUCCCACGGCCACCAGCGUCUGCUCGUCUACGAGUACAUGGCGCUCGGCUCCCUCGCCGACCACCUCCUCCUCCUCGACGACCGCUUCGCCGGCGAGGGUACCCCGAGGGCGAGGGCGAGGGCGGCGCUGAGCUGGGAGACGCGGAUGCGGGUGGCGCUGGGCGCCGCCCGUGGCCUCGAGUACCUCCACGAGACGGCCAACCCGGCCGUCAUCUACCGCGACCUCAAGUCCUCCAACGUCCUCCUCGACGACGCCUUCUGCCCCAAGCUCUCCGACUUCGGCCUCGCCCGCCUCUGCAGCACCUCCUCCUCCGCCGCCGGCCCCGGCCCCGCCGAGCGCUCCCCGCGCGUCAUGGGCACCUACGGCUACUGCGCGCCCGAGUACAUCCGCACCGGCCGCCUCAGCGUCAAGUCCGACGUCUACAGCUUCGGCGUCCUCCUGCUCGAGCUCAUCACGGGCCGCAGGGCUGUGGACUCGGCCAGGCCGGCGCCGGAGCAGGUGCUCGUCACAUGGGCCGCGCCCAUGUUCAAGGACAGCAAGCGCUACCGCGAGCUCGCCGACCCGCUGCUCCGGGGCGACUUCCCCGAGCGCGACCUCAACCAGGCCGUGGCCGUGGCCGCCAUGUGCCUGCAGGACCAGGCGUCCGCGAGGCCGUGCAUGAGCGACGCCGCCGUCACGCUCUCCUUCCUCGCCGAGGCCGCCGCCGCCAGCGCCGCGCAGCCGCUACCGUUGCCCCCGCCCCAGCUGCAGGCCGAUGAAACCUUGCGAGAAGAAGAAGAAGCCUAG